CGUUUCCUUCCCUCGGGCGGGUAGGGGUUUUGUCUCCCAGAGUAGGAAGGCGGGGCGAGGCCCGAACCGGCGGCGGGGGAGCAUCUCCGCUUUUGCUCAGGCGGCGAAUGUCUCCUGUCUCAGAGAGCCAGGAGGGCUUAUGCCAAGCGGGAAAGGGAGAUUAUCUAAGGCAAAACCUAGAAUGAAGAGAAGCAGAGGUCGGACAGGUCGAAAGAGAAGAAGAAAACAGUUGCAAAAUUUUAUGUAUGGAGUCAACUGCAGUCACAAGCUGGAAUAUGUUAAACUUAAGAAGUGGCUGAAAGACAGAGGGUUUCAAGACUCUAAUUUAAGGCCAGCAGAGUUUUGGGUUACAGGAAGAGGACUGAUGACAACAAAAGCUCUUCAGGCAGGGGAUCUGAUUAUUUCAUUGCCUGAGAAAUGCUUAGUCACCACGGGCACCGUCCUUAGUAGCUGCUUGGGAGAAUACAUUAUGAGAUGGAAACCUCCUGUAUCUCCAUUGGUAGCGCUGUGCACUUUUUUAAUAGCAGAGAGGCAUGCUGGUGAGAAUUCUCUGUGGAAACCAUAUCUUGAUGUUUUACCCAAGACAUAUACUUGCCCUGUAUGUUUCGAGCAUGAUGUAGUUAACCUUCUUCCUGAGCCUUUAAGACAGAAGUCUCAAGAGCAGAGAACAACAGUCCACGAGUUCUACGUGUCUUCCAAGGCUUUUUUCUCUUCCCUGCAGCCUUUGUUUGCUGAGAACACAGGAACUAUUUUUACCUACAGUGCUUUACAGUGGGCAUGGUGCACAAUUAAUACCAGGACAAUAUACAUGAAACAUUCACAGAGGGAAUGUUUUUCUCUUGAGCCAGAUGUUUAUGCAUUGGCACCAUAUUUAGAUUUGCUAAACCACAGUCCAAAUGUUCAGGUAAAGGCUGCAUUUAAUGAGCAGACCAGAAGCUAUGAAAUUCGGACAAAUUCACAGAGCAAGAAAUAUGAAGAAGUAUUUAUCUGCUAUGGGCCUCAUGAUAAUCAGCGACUGUUACUAGAGUAUGGAUUUAUUGCCAUGGAUAACCCUCACAGCAGUGUUUAUGUCUCCUCAGAUACUCUCCUUAAAUAUUUUCCACCACUGGACAAGCAGAGAAAUGCAAAACUUUCCAUUCUAAAGGAUCAUGAUCUCUUAGAAAACCUGACCUUUGGAUGGGAUGGACCAUCUUGGAGACUUCUCACAACAGUCAAGUUGUUAAGUCUCGGAGCAGAUGAAUUUACCUGCUGGAGGAGAACACUGCUUGGUGAUGUAAUUUCAGCCAGAAAUGAACAGCAGUCUUUGAAUAUAACAGCAAAAAUAUGCCAUUUUUUAAUAGAAGAGACACAGCAUGUCCUUCUUCAGAUUUCCCAGUUGAAAAGGGAUCAAGAGACUCUCAAAAAGCAUCUGUCUUUGGUGGAAGCACUGCGCUCGGAAGAACUGAAGGUACUACAAAAAUCAGCUGAAAUUCUUUGUGAAUUGACUGUGGCAAUGACUUGACCCACCUGGAGCUGUGGUAGUUGCGGCUGAUUUGUGAUCAUUUGCUGUGGAUGUGCCUUGUUCAACUGUUAUAAUGGACCUGAGCAGCAAAGAAUAAUGUAAAAAGCCAUCAGAAUAUGCCUCGUUUUGUGUAGAGGGUCACUCAGGACCCAGAGUCUUACUUUGUUCUUUGAUGACUUCUUUCAGUGAUACAAAAGUUUAUCCCAAAUGGUCAUGGGAGCACAGGCUCAUCACAUCUCGUCAAAAUCGUGGCUACUGUGUGUGAAAAAGCUUCUGGGGUAAUUUGAGCAGCCCACCGGGAUCAUGAGUUCCAGUAGUCGUGGAAUUUACAGCUGCCUGUGUGGCUAAAGUGUGGGUCAUUGGGUCAAGCAGAUAUUCUUGAGCAUGUAUUUAGGCUCUGGCACUUGACAAAGAGUGCAGAGACACAUUUGCCCUGAUCUGUUACUUUUCUCUGAAAUCUGUACAGGUCCUGUAGUGCCUGUUCGUUGCUGGACUAAUAAAUGUGGACUAAAGCCCUUGUGACCAACUCCAAAUCAUUCUGUUUGCAGUUUCAGCCCAAAUAGUUCUUGAACUUAAGGAAGUUCCCUCGUUUACUCUCAAAGCUCCCUUCAGACUUGAAAUCCUGUUCUGACUCCUGCUGGGCAUAUUAACUGAAAGUAUGUAUCACUGAACUUUUUUUGGAAGCCCACCCAGGCAUUUAAUUCUGUUUCCCGUCAAUUCUGGUGAUCACACUGAGAAAUGUUCCUGUCCUGUCUACAGGGGGAUAGUCUCGUGAGCCGCCUUUUAGUUCUGCUUAAGCUCCCUAUAUUGUUGAGAAAAGACAGAGAGUUCUUCAAAGGGCAUUUCAGGGCAGGGUCCUUAUUUAAGCUGUAUAGAAGUCAUUAUGAUUGUGACUGUGUUGUGACUAUUUCCCGUUGUGUGGGGAAUCAUAUUUAAUCGAUUUUUGUAGUUAUUUUUUUUUAGGAUUUUUUACAAACUGUGUUUUAAAAAGUAUUUUUGUAUGUUCUUCAUUUUCUACAAGACCUCUCUCUUUCUGAAAUAAAUGGUGUACAGCAGUAAAGGCAUUCUAUCUGGAGCUCUGAGAAAGUCUCUAAGCUAGAAGGAUAUGUUGGUUUAUGUUCCAAGGACUAGGAGAACUGAGAAGUGUAACAGUUCACUGUUACUCAGUUCUUGGGUUUGAGGUGUCAUCUUUAUAACCUCUUGUAGGACUAGGAAAUUCUGCAAAUAAGUUUGUGUUGGGUUGGGUUUUUUUUUUUGUUUGUUUUGUUUUUUCCCCUCUACCUUGUUUACUCUAAUGCACUGAGAUGCUUUUGUACUCUCCGGCUUUCUGCAUUGUUCAUUGGGAGACGCUGCCAGUGAGCGGUACUUUGCAUUUCAGAGCAGAGGGCAGGGUGAAUGGGUUGGGAGAGGAACAGAAGUGCUUUCUGGAACUAGAUGGCCCCAAGGAUAUAAUAAAUAUUCUUCUCUCUUAUUUGCCUGAACUGUAGCUUUUAACCCUUGGAAGUCACUUGGCACUAUAUUUUAUGCUCUAGUCAGUCCCAUUCUGAAGUGGGACGAGAUGGCUGUAUUUGGGAAUGCCAUCUUCUUAUCUCACUGAGAUCAAGUCUCAUCAGCUCACGUUAGGGUCCUUCUGUACCACUGAACCUGCCUACAGCAGACAUAUGCAGGGCUGAGACCCUGUCCCUGUGACCGUUGUUAUUUCAUUUAAUUUAGUUCUGCAAGAAGUUCUACAGAUGUCAGGAAUGACACAAAGAGGAUGACUUGAGCAUUCACAGUGCAAGAAGUAAGAGCUUUCAAAGGAAGCUUAAAGUCAGAUUCAAGACUAAGAAUGUGGUAACAAAUCUGUUGAUGUUGGAAUAUGGAUACUACAAUUGAUGUGAGGGCCGAGCACAGAUAUGGAAGGCAGAGCUGUUGGUUACCAGUCAGUCAAACAGCUUUCUUCUUGGAUGGUCCUCUGAUCUCAAAAUACUUGAAGGGUGUUGAUGGCAAGUGGUGUAUAUGCUUGGCCUGUGCUUGCUCUGUAAAGGUGUUGGUGGAUGCUGUGGGAAGAAGGGUAUUGGGCUGGAGGGAUCCUUGCUUUAAAAAUGUCCUGUAGUUCUAGUGAUUAGAGUUGAACUGCUUGAACUCUUUUGUUUUAAUAAAAAAA